AUGGAGUUCCUUUUGGGAAAUCCUUUCAGUACUCCGGCUGGGCAUUGUAUUGAAAGGGCUACAGAUGGAUCCCUGCAAAGUGAAGACUGGACCCUCAACAUGGAGAUAUGUGACAUUAUAAACGAAACAGAAGACGGACCAAAGGACGCUAUUAGAGCUGUAAAGAAGAGGCUAAAUGGCAACAAGAACUACAGAGAAGUGAUGCUGACAUUGACAGUUUUGGAGACGUGUGUAAAGAACUGUGGCCAUCGUUUCCACGCCCUGGUUACAAGCCGGGAUUUUAUUGAUGGAGUUCUUGUCAAGAUUAUCUCCCCCAAGAACAAUCCACCCACGAUAGUACAAGAUAAAGUCCUUGCCUUGAUUCAGGCCUGGGCGGACGCGUUCAGGAGCAGUCCUGACCUCACAGGUGUGGUGCAGAUUUACGAGGAGAUGAAGAGGAAAGGAAUUGAGUUCCCCAAUUCAGAAAUGGAGACUCUGUCCCCCAUCCACACACCUCAUAGAGUGGCUUCAGCUCCAGAUGGCGACUCGACUCUUCUGAAGUACAGCACUGUGUCACAGCCCGCGUCUGACUCUGUUCCACCUGCAUACAACACUGUUGAGGCCCCCAACAUCCUACCCGCUGGAAGCAUCAACCCUACACCCGAGCAGAUCUGCAGGCUGCGCAGUGAGUUGGACAUUGUGCGAGGAAACACCAAGGUGAUGUCGGAGAUGCUGACAGAGAUGGUCCCGGGGCAGGAAGACGCAUCAGACUAUGAGCUUCUCCAGGAGUUGAACCGGACAUGCAGAGCGAUGCAGCACAGAAUAAUGGAGCUCAUCUCUUGUGUUUCCAACGAGUCUGUCACAGAGGAGCUUUUGCACGUCAACGACGACCUCAACAACAUCUUUCUACGCUUUGAAAGGUACGAGAGGUUUCGGUGUGGGAGGAGCAGCGCUCAGGGCGUGAACAAUGGGGUGCUAAGUGAGGCGACCGAGGACAACCUCAUAGACCUGGGUCCUGGCUCUCCUGCUGUGGUCAGUAACAUGCCCUCUUCUCCAGCGACACUGUCCUCUCGUCUGGCUGGACUAGAUGUGGGGGCAGACAGUGUGAGCAGCACCUUGAGUUCUCUCUCCAGCAGUAAACCUGCUCCAUCGCAGGACGACUUUGACGUGUUCGCACAAACCAGAACCGGAGCGCUGCCAGAACCACGAGAAACCACAGCAGCAGCUGAGAGCUCAGGUGCUCCUCCGACUCUGAAUGUCCAACAGCCCACUGCAGCGGGUGUCGGGGGCCAGUCCUCUGUCAUGGAUGACAUUGAGGAGUGGCUGAGUACAGAUGUGCAAGGAGACGAGGGUGAUGAAGGUGUGACAAGUGAAGAGUUUGACAAGUUCCUGGAGGAGCGAGCCAAAGCUGCGGAGACGGUCCCUGAGCUGCCAUCGCCGCCUCGUGGGGAACCGGGCGCAAAGCAGGGCACCCCCAGCCGCAAGAAAGCAGAGCGGCCCGAGGACUCGCUGUUCGCCAUGUAG